GCAGCACACAUGGAUUCCAAUAUCCAGAACGCGCAGCCUUGAACUCAUCGUUAGUUUUGCGGCCUGGCAACGUCCCAUCAUCUGAUACCCACUGUUGCCACAAUGUGGACUCCGAUCUUCAUUCUGUCCUGCGGUCUUGCGCUCGCGAGCGCUGUCGUACAACAACCAAUCGUGAAGUCGCAGGCCGGCAUUUUUCAUGGGCGCUAUCUUCCUGAAUUUGAGCAGGAUCUGUUCCUCGGAAUCAAAUAUGCGCCCAAGCCAGUACGCUUUACCCCUGCUCAAUUGACCGAAAACACACCCACGACACACUAUAAUGUCACACAAUACGGUCUCGACUGUACGGGCUAUGGAUCAGAUACGACAAGGCUUGUCAAAGAGGGCAGAACGAGCCUUGGAGAAGACUGCCUUCACCUCAAUAUCGUAAAGCCCAGAACAGGUGCCAAACGCUUACCGGUCUUGCUGUGGAUUUACGGCGGUGGGUGGCAACAGGGUGCUACUAGUGAUCCAAGGUACAAUAUGAGCUACAUUGUCGAGCAGUCGAUGUUGAAUAACAAACCCGUCAUUGGUAUCUCUAUCAACUAUCGCAUGGCCGCUUUUGGAUUCAUAUCGAGUGAACAGAUCAACGCAGAAGGGGCGCAGAAUCUGGGCUUACGCGAUCAGCGCUUAGCGUUUAGAUGGGUCAACAAACACAUCUCUUCGUUUGGUGGUGAUCCCGCCAAGGUCACCAUAUGGGGAGAGAGUGCGGGUGCAUACUCCGUAGGCGAUCAUAUCAACGCAUAUGACGGCAAAACCGAUGGCCUUUUCCGGGCUGCUAUACUCGAAAGCGGUGGUGCGAUCGGCCCACCCCUGAACGGGACAGACUGGUACCAAGGCUUGUACAAGAACCUCACUGCUGCAGUAGGCUGCGCAAACUCAACGAACACGUUACAAUGCUUGCGUGAAGUCCCGUACGAGACUAUUGCGCCCUACGGUUACGUGGGUCUCGAAUGGUUCCACGUUAUUGAUGGCACCUUCGUACCACGCUACGGUCAAGAGUCGUUAUUGAGCGGCAAAUUCGCGAAGAUUCCUUUGAUUCUCGGAACGAACACAGACGAAGGAUUUGGGGUGAACGGCGUCAACACCGAUGCUCAAGCUGUCGAACAGUUGCUGACUUCAAAGAGGUGGAAUGUGAAUGAAGAGCAAGCUAAACGCUUAUUAGAGCUUUACCCAAACGACCCAACUUUGGGAAUGCCUUACGGCUGGGGAAAUCGAACAUGGCCGGAAUUCGGGUUGCAGUACAAGCGGUACCAAAGCAUCGCAACAGAUCUGACCAUGUACGCGCCAAGGAGGCUAUUAGCGGAAAGAAUGAGCACAUUUGUUAAGAACGUUUACUCCUAUCGAUGGGAUGCCCCAAAAUUCAACACGACCACUGCUAUCGGAGUCAACCACUUUUCCGAGAUUCCGUUCGUGUUUGGUAAUACGGAGCAACAGAUCACGCCCUUGGGAAACAGUACUGUCAAUUUAAAGCUCUCGAACCUGGUUAUCAGGAUGUGGACAUCGUUUACAUACGAUUUAGAUCCAAAUGGCCAUGGUGUUGCAAACGUUACUGCAUGGCCGCAAUAUGGCAGAAGUGCGUCGAACUUUGUUUUCAGAACAGAUCUCAGCUACGUCGAGAAAGACAACGACAGGGCCAAAGGUGUGGCGUAUAUCAACACAAUCGUACGAUGAUCUCAGGGC